AUGAUUUUCAUAUCUUAUUACAACAUAUACCACUAUAUCAAGUUGUGCAUAUAUGGAACCAAACUAAUCAAGUUUCCAGGAAUUCCAAAAAAGUUUCCAAAAUGGAUAAAGAUUAACUAUUUCUGGGAGAAAUAUUAUAAGCCAUAUCAGACAAUUAAUAUCACUAUCAACAAGGAAAUCAUAGAAUAUUUUCGAAAUGAGACAAAAGAUUUCUCACGUCAUCAAGUUUUUCAAGGUAGAAAGCUGAUUGAUUUCCAAGAUUUAUUGUUAUAUAACAGAUUCUAUACAUUAAGUGACGAAGAUGUUACUCCUUUAGGUAAGUUUGGCAUGAGAGACUUUCUAUUUCGUUAUGAUCAUAAUCAUUUUGAUGGAAUAGAUUAUUCAUUUAUUAAUAAAGUAGGCUGCAUAUUUGAAGGAAUCUUCUCAGAUUACGCUGAGUUACAUCAGGCAGAUCAAAAAAUCAUUGAUUUGAUUAAAGAAUUUGCAAAAUACACAAAAUUCACAGAAGAUUUCACAUUUAUAGAAAUUGGGACACCAGCAGUCGGAACAUUUAGACCUACCGUAACAAUAGAUUAUAAAACAGGUGAGUAUAAAUGGGUUGGCGAAUUUAUGUUAGAAAAAUAUGGUUUUAAAAAACUUCAUGUUGUUACAUGUCGAUGGUCGAAGAAAACUACAAAGCGAUAG